AGUUCCUGACGAUGAGUCACUGAACAUGCCCAGACCCCAGACAACACACACGAAGAGGAAUGUUUCUCCCCCCGAACCUACCAGCAUGGACUCUUUGGUACUUUAGGAAAUCAUAUACCCAUUUUUGCUUUUACUCACAGAUUUUGUUUUUCAACCGUUCUACACAAAGAAUGUACCUCAAAUAUCCUAUCUCCCGGCUAUAGAAUCGUGACUCCCCAGUGUGCAAGCUCCAAAAUAGGAAAACCCUCCAUUGCUCUCCAGUGUCAGACAACACACCAAACAUUUCAAAAUGGCUGCUCUCAUCACAGAGAACUUCAAGUUUGUCUCGCUCUUCUUCAAGAGCAAGGACGUAAUGAUCUUCAAUGGCCUGAUAGCCCUGGGCACGGUGGCCAGUCAGACCAUGUACAACAUAUUUGCCUUCGACUGCCCGUGCUCCUCCGGGCGGAACUAUCUCUAUGGCCUGGCAGCCAUCGGGGUGCCCGCCCUGGCAUUCUACCUCGUUGGCAUCAUGCUGAAUAAGAGUACCUGGGAUCUGGUGUCUGAGUGCCGCCUCAGGAGGUGCCGGAAACUAUCGGGGGCGGCUGCCUUCGCCGUCCUGGGCACUAUCAUUGGCAGAGCGGCCGUGGCUCCCGUGACGUGGGCUGUCAUCUCACUGUUACGUGGGGAGGCCUAUGUCUGUGCCCUCAGUGAGUUUGUGGACCCUUCAACCUUGGAGGGUUUUCCCUCUGGACAGGGUUUAGAGGUCAUGGCCAGGUUUCCCUGUAAGGCCACGGUCCCACAGGAGAUGCAGGGAUUUUGGGCGGAGAUUGAACGCCGGCUGAAGUAUGAGUCUCAGCUGCUAGGGUGGCUGAUGGUGGCGGGGAUGGCAGUGGUUCUGUUCCUCCUGCUGUGCAUGAAGCGCUGCUGCUCUCCCCUGGGCUACCAACAGGAGGCGUACUGGUCCCAGUUCCGCUCCAACGAGCACGACCUCUUCCAGCGCACGGCCGACGUGCACACCCGUAUCCUGGCUGUUGAGAGUGUGAAGAGCUACUUUGGCUUCGUGGCCCUGGAAAAAGAGGAGAAACAGCAGCUGGAGGAGCACCAGAGUGCCAACCCCAUCUCUAGUACAGAGUGGAACCGGAUCACUGGGAUCUGCUUGUACAGAGAGAAAAAGGGAUUGCCCCUCUAUAGCCGCCUCAACAAGUGGGCUCAGUACAGUGUGGAGAACAACAUAGACGCCAUGGAGAAAGAGAUGGACACUCUGAGCUGACUGGCACUGGACACCCCAGUGUUCUUCAGCCAUGAUCCUGGGAACCCACUGGGAGUGCAGGCUUUUGUUCCAGCCCAGCACUGACACAUUCAACUAAUUAACUUAAUAGUCAAGUCCUUGAUUAGUUGAAAGAAUCAGGUGUGUAAGCACAGGGCUGGAGCAAAAGCAUGCCCACCUGAUGUGUCCCCGGGACCAGGGUUGAAGAACACUGACCUAGGUAGAUUCGUCUUUUACUUGUAUUAUCCCACAUUUAUAUUUAUAACACCCUUCGGCUAGUGAUGGCACAUGAUAACUAUUGGAAGUAAAUUGGAAUGGACUCAAGUAUGGAUUGAACUAAUGUUCCCAACGUUACACUGUCAUUGUUCCCCAUUUACUUCUGUUCUCUUCCACUUUUCAAAUGGUUGUAAUGGUUGAUAAAGGACGAUAGUAUUUUUUCUGAGUUUGUGUUUACAUGCUUAUUGUGUCUAGUUCAGUGUCCAUGUUUAACAGAACAUUUUAUGCAGGUGUUUUACCCUCCCUCUCAAUAAGAGACAAGCUCUCAGACUAGAUGGCCUGUUACUGUAAAAUCCUGCACUUCCAAACACCAGCUCGUAGACAGAGCACCGUUUUCUCUGUCAGGAUUCAGUUCUGUUGCUUUUUAUUUCGUAAUUUUCCAUAAAAACAACCUAUUA